AAAUGCUCUCGAGCUUUCUUUAUUUUUCUUUCUGAUUUUCUUGGUAUCCAAACAAUUCUUUUUAGUUUUCUUGCCAACCAAGCAGUUUCAUCUAGCACUGUUAUUUCACAAAUCACGUUCCAAAUUUUCUAUCAUGGUAUUAGAGCCAUGGUCUAUGGCUAAGCACAACCCGAUUCUAAUGGUGUCUCCCUUUCCUAGUAAUCAAAUCGAGCUUGAUGACAGCAAUUACUUCAUAUGGAGGUCGCAGGUCUUGCCAAUUAUCAAAGGUCACAAAUUUAUCAAGUUUCUAGAAUUUUCAUCCUUUGAAGACUUGGUCAAUGAAGAAAAACGAGAUCUUAACUCAGAAGCUGAUGUUGAAAAUUUAGGCUCAAAUCUUAGGGAUUUCAUGCAAGCUAAAGAGAAUUGGUACAUUCAAGACCAAUUCUUAGUCGGAUGGUUGAAAGGAACAAUUUCUCCUGAGAUUUCAAGCCAUUUCAUCGAUAAAGAUUCAACCUACAAACUUUGGAAUGUAAUCGAGAAUAGGUAUGCAGCCAAAUCACAGAGUCGAAUUCUACAUUACAAAAAAUUACUACAAAAUACUAAGAAAGGAAAUCUGUCAAUAGAUGCUCUGGUAUUGAAAAUGAAAGAUCUUAUGAAUAACUUGAUUGCUGCUGGAGAUAAUGCUUCUGAGACUGAUCUUGUGACAUAUAUUCUUGGAGCUCUAGGCACUGAUUAUGAGCCUAUCUCAACAAUUCUUGGAAUCAGGCCUGAACAAUAUACAGUACAAGAGGUACAAAGUCACCUACUUGCUUUUGAAUGUAAACAUAAACUGAUACAUUCAAUAGUUUCUUUUAACCUGGGUGAUAUAUCUGCUAAUUACAUACAUGCUAGACCUCAUAUUAAUGUUGGACACACAUUUGAUGCUGUAUUGAAUAAUAAUAAUUUUGGUUCUGGCAAUGAGGCAUUAGCUUCUGCAAAUAUGUCUACCCACAGUGGGAAUUUAAUACCUUUUUCUUGUAAUAAUGUUGCUGCAAAUGUGUCCUCUGUUGGCGAAAUUUUUGAAAAACUUGAAAUUGAGAGAAAUUCAACUGGUGACAAGACUUAUGAAGGGUAUAGAAAUUAUGGAAGAGGUGGAAAUUUCGGAAAUGAAGGAUAUAGACACUAUGGAAAAGGUGGCAACUUUAGAAAUGUCAACAUGAUUGAUCAAGACAGAUUUGCCUACAAUAGAAACACUGGUUACACACAGAAUUUUAGACCACAGUUCUUUCGAGGAAGAGGAUGAGGGGGUAGGAGUAGGCUUUAGUGUCAAAUCUGUGGAAUGCUGGGUCACAUAGCAACAACUUGCUAUUAUAACACAGGGACUUCCUUGGAAGACCUGUUACUCCAGCUUUUGGUCAUCAACACCAAGUUCAGUCACCUGUUGCAAAUGUAACAUACUUUCCAGCAUCUCUUGGUUCUUCACAGAUCAAUACUUCAACUCCAUUGUUUGGAAUUCCACAUUUUCCUUCAAGUCAGAUUCUACAUAAUUCAGCUCCUGGUGCAUCUGUUUUUACUCAUGGAAGUGCAAACACUAAUAGUCAAAUUGCCUCACUCCUUUUCAACAACUUUAUCAGUCUGGACACAAUUUAAUUGUUAAUUCUAGUCUGCCGGUAAAUCAGUUUUCUCAGUAUCAAGCUUCUGUUGCUGGUAUGCCAUCUUUACCUUAGAAUUCCAUUGCUGCCAACAUAACUGCCCCUAUAACUAUUGGAGAUCCAAACUGGUACCUUGACAGUGGUGCCACAAACCAUGUGGUCAACGAUGGCAGCAGCUUGGUGCAUUACGCUGAUUACAAUGGAUAAGCAGUUGGGAGUAACCUUUUUAAGAGGCACACUUAAAGGUGGACUUUACAAGCCGGAUGUAUUACAACUAGUGCACAGAACUACAGUAGCAGAAGGUGACUUCUCCCAACAUCAUUCGAGUCGACCACAUAUUGCUGAAAGUGUAGUUGCAACAAAUGAAGCUGAAUCACUGCAGUUGUCUCAAACAUCUGUUUUUGUUAAUAACGUACCAUAGUAAUUUUAUAAUGCAUUUGUACUAUCUGGUGUGGUUUCUGAUGUCAAUCUUGAAGUGUCUGCUGGAUCUGUUUUAGUCAAUACAGAAACUGAUAGUGUAUUUGAUACUGUAGAUGCUGAGAAAGAUGUUGAUAUAGUGAUACAGAGAUUUUAUCUCCUAAGCAAAACAUAGGAACCGAUGUGAACAUUUUACAUCAGAGACUUGGACAUGUAUCUUUUUCUGUUUUACAUAAAGUCUUACAGUUGUGUAAACAAUCUCAGAAUGUUAAUAAAGAUAGUUUCUUGUUUUGUGAA